CGAAGAUUUAGAAAUAUGGCGUCGUUUGUUCUGUUACUUUGACACUUCUUCGCGUCAUUUUAGUCCGAAAAACAAAUUAAAUCAUGUCUGUGAAGGUAAAAGAUGUCUUGGAUGCGCUCCAGCAAAUGCAAAAGAGCCUUGAAUGUUCUAUAUGGUGAGUACAAUUUCUAUAAGCUUUAAUAAUUAGCGUGGGUUCUGCAAAGACGAAAGACGCCAUGUUUAUUUAUUUCGUAUAAUUAUAACAAAUAAGACUUACUUAAUUCGCAGCCUUAUUCCUUUCUUUUCGACAGCCUUGAGCUGCUGAAGGACCCUCAUUCGACUAAGUGUAAUCACCAGUUUUGUGGGUAAGUGUUAUGAACUUUCCUUCGACGACAAUUGUAAAUGCAAAAGUAUUUUGCAACGGGCUUCACUCUUCAUUGCUUGUACACUGUAAUCAGCUACUAUGUGCCAUAAAACCUUACCUUGUGCAAACAAAAGGUCUGAAGUACACUGAAGUGUUUAAAGAAGGCUUAAAAUAAGGAAAUACUUGCUUAAAAUCUCCACACAUCUCCGGCCAUGUCAUUUUAUUUUGUUGUACAGGCACAGCUGACAAGCAGCAUUCUCAUGAUGAUACUAUUUCUCACAUACAAUGUUAUUAGGGCCGACAAGAAGUAUUGGUAAUAUGUAGGACCGAGUGGAGUACAAUUCAUAUUGUAACAGGGGCAAAGUACCAUAAUAUUCCGCAAAUAAGCCCCUCCAAAUAUAAGCCCCCCAAACUCAUAAUCCCAAAAACCCUCCAUUAAAUCGCCCCUCCUAAUAAAUUAUAAGCCUCCCCAGGGGCUUGUACUUGGAAAUUGCCCUCAAAUACAAUGUAACACAAAGUAAAAAUGGUAAAUUUCCUUCCAACUAUAAGGCUAGCCCAAUCGAUUUUGAAACGCAAAUUUCCCUCUGUAGAUAAGCCCCUCCGAAUAUAAGCCCCUUCAAAAAUGAGCCCCUCAAAAAGGGCCUUUGAAAAAUAUAAGCCCCCAGGGCUUAUUUUCGGAAUUUUACUGUAUGCAUUCAGAAAAGAUUAGGCCUGUUCAGGAAACUUAACCUUUUCAACUCUGUCUUUGAUUGAAACAGUCAAUGCAUCAGACAAGUUCUUGAAAAGAGCAGCAAGAAAUCCAAAAACAAGUGGUACUGUCCUCUCUGUAAGACUCCUGUAUCCAAACGGUAAGUUCUUUUAAUUUUUUGUUCCGCUGAUUCUGAACCUUUUUCUUUUGCUGACAGGCCACAAUUAUGUAAGUCCGUAAGCCAAAAAGUGAUUGAACACCUCUUAAGUCUGGUCCCCCUAGUAACCCAAGCAUAAGCAUAAUAUGGUCCUCAUUAGUAACGCCAUUGAGCUUAUGAGCUGUUAAGCAGUCCCUGGCAACUGUACUUGUCCUUAGACAACAACAAAAAAGAUUCACUCCUCGCACCAACUUUGUAGACUGGGCAUCCUAAAGGUUCAGAUCUUUUGCACUCCCUUAACCUUUUCUUAGUGAUCACUGCUCUUGUGUAAUAACUUUUAAAUUCACCUUUUUGAUGACUUGCUGGUAUACAAUUUGAUCUACAGGGUACUGCAUGCAUACAUGAGCACACUGCAGAGAUUCCAAUUGACAACAAAAACUUUGAUUUUCAUUUUCAGGAGCCUGACUCCAAAUCCCAAGCUAAAUGAGAUUGUUGCUGCAGUGCGCAAUUUACAAGGAGCAGUUCAGGAUGACACAGGAAUUCCUACAGGUGAUCAGAUUGUCAAUAUUUAAGGAUAAUAUGUAAAAUGUUGGAAAUUAUGCCAGCACCCUUGCACAAGUAACAAUUUUUGUGACAUAGUUGAUAAUAUCUCCCAUUACUAUCAAUAAAGGAAUUAAUAAACACCAAAAAUACAGGUGUAUUUCAGGAACAUUUACUGUACAUUAGCCAAUCACAAUAAUGCUCAGGACUCAUAAGCAGAAUACAAAACCAUUAACAAAUUACCAUUGCUGUUUGCACAGUUUAGUUUGUCAUACCUGAUUUGAUUUUUAUUGCAACAAAAUAACAUUCCAGAAAUAUUAAUUCUGGUUGCAAUGCUACCUUGCUACUGUGCAGACCAGUGUCAAUCUUUAUUUUCUUGUUAUAUGAGUAUUUGAGUACAAUUAUUAUUUUGUAAUUUGCUAGCAGUAAGUUUUCAUUAUUAUUGUUAUAGUAAAAAACUUCUAAAAAUUCACUUUCACAUGGAUUGAAGCUUCCUAGAGCACUUGUUGUUGGGUAUUCUGAGACAUGAAUUUUGACUUUUGACUUUCCAAAUUUUAUGUUUAAAUUGUUAAUGUUAGGCCCAGUUCAGAAACAAAACUUUUCAUGACAGGUUGAAUUGAUUCAGAUGACGAUCUUAAUUCCAGCUGAACUGGGAGAAAAAUGCUCAUUUCAGCCAAAAUUGCAAAAUACGUAGUAAUAGCAUAUGCAUUAGGUUGUGCACAUGAAUUGAGGCGCUGUUCCAUAGUCACUCCAAAGUUGACCUACACUGUAGCUGAAAAAAAGAUAAUUUUGGUCAAAUUGCUUGCAAAAUAUGUAAUAAUAGAAUAUGCAUUUAGUUAUGCACAUAAUUUUGUAAAUUAGGCAUCUGAAUUGAAGCAUUGUUCCACAUAGUCACUCCAAAGUGUAAUUUCCCAGCUUGGCAAGGCAGGAAGAACAGCUGAGCAUUUCAAAUUGAAAUAAGCAUUCCUAAUGGUUUCAGACCCCAAACUUUUCAUGUACUUUAUUCAAAGUAUUACCAGGUUUGGCUCAUGAAUAAUGUUCGUGUCUGAACCCGGCCUUAUCUGUGUGAUCAUGAUUGUAACUAGCUCUUAUCAUCUUUGUUCAGGUUCUCCACCGUCACAGCCCUUGAAAGGACCCAACACAGAUGUUAAUUCCAGUUUGGUUUCUUUUUCUGUUCCUCAACCAACACCUCGAAAAAAUGCUACUGGUCGCAAGGGUAGACGGAAAGCUUCAAGAGAUCAGUUUACUGUGUACAUAGAAAAAAAAGGUAUAUAACGAUUUCAUAUGAAAAUAAAAGUUACCCCAAAUUUUUUUAACUUUGCACUAAGCACUGCCUUUGACCAAAAAUUGUAUCCAAUUUAUGAAUGUACAACUCUUGUGUGCAUUGGGUAGAAUAUUUAAGUUGCAUGUGGAACAGUGUAGAAGACACUUUAACCUGCAAAACAAAGCAACCUAGAGCAGUAAUUAUGACAGUUGUGGAAAUAAUGUAAGCAGACAUACAGUUGUACAUGUUUUACAAUGUACAUGUAAUACUGUGCAAUGUACCAAUAAGAUUUGUGGUGAAUAACGGUCAAGAUCACGUACUGUAGGGUACCUGGUAUUCUACAAGUCCAGUUAGGAUACCACAUUUGCCUUUAUACUGGGUGUCACUGCAGUUAACAAUUUACUCAAUGAAUUUACAGGCUGUACAAGAAGAGAGCAUGAAAAAAAAAUUAAAAUUGUUUUUUGUAUCUACUUGAUUGUGUUACAUUAUUGUAGCUAUUCAACCUACCAAACAAGUAACAGAAAUGUCUGGUUAACUGUAAAGUUAACUACGGUCACAUUUUUAUUAGGUAAUUCAGUUCUGCUCCAAAUUUUGUAAAAAGAGUACAUACCAAUGGUCACUGGUACUAAGAGUGAAGAUGUACUGUAACACACUCUACAGUUCCAGCUGGAAAAACAAAUUAAUAUUAUUGUCAUUCUUGAUCCUAUACAGAAAAUUUUGGACAUGCUUUGGAAAGCCAGCCUCCUCAAAUUGUAUCAAAUGUGAACAUAAGGUACUGUACCGUCCACACAUGUGUGAUGUGUUUCACUUAUAAUUAACUUUGGUUAAGAUUUUGCUUUCAUUCAUUUCAAACUCAUUAUCAUAAAUCAUUACCAUACAAAGGAAGGUGAACUCUAAACCUGUGAGAAAAUUAAAACACAACAUGCAUACCAUGUUCCUGUAAAUUUUAAAAAAAAACCAUACAUGUACCCAUUUCAGACCAUACCACUGAGUCAAUGUAAUGAGCAUCCUUUGCAGAUGAGUGCCCUUCCACAGAAAGGUUGUAGCCAAACUAACAUCAAGAACUUUUGCCAGGCUAAGUGCCCCUUACUUUAAUAAACAAAAAUGUCCCAUUCACACCAAAUAAACAUGUUUAAUAAAACCAGGUUUUAAAAAAUGAAAAACAGACAUGCAAAACUGGAACACAGGUUUAUUUCAAACAGGAUUCAAAUGAAAAUCAGUACAUUUUUCAAUUUGCACUUAAUUCAGUGAGCAGGUUUUAAGAAGGAAACAAUUUUGAAACAUGUUUAAGCGUCAGUGUGUACGGGGCUUAAGAAUAUCUAAAGGGAAGGGGUUCUAUAAUAAUUCUGUUCUGACGUUUUUUUCCUGUUACUUUGCUGUUUUUAAUUUGAGGACUCCCCUCCUCUCACUGUAAGUUAGUGUCCUCCAUAGAAUAAGUGCUGCCCUCCUUGGUUGAACCACCAUGUGUGACCACCUUUGGUAAGCAACCACCACCCAUAAGUGACCAGCUGUCAAAAACAUGAAAAUUUUCCCAGUCAGCACCCUAUAAUCAGAACCUCUGUAAAUGACCACCUUUCAUAAACUACUGUGACCACUUUUUGGCCUGAUGGUUUAUUGUCUUCUAUUGUAUUUAACCUCUUGCAAGCAACCACCUGUGCAAGAUGGGGUUUUUUUGUUCGCUAUGUGAACUUCGUCACUCAGAGUAAACAAAGAACUUUCAGUGGGUAGUGCAGGAACUGCUUGUAAGUUCUCUCCUAAUUGUUCGCAGGGAACAAUGACAUGUCAUUCUUCUAACUGUUUUAGUACUGUUUGGGGUCGGUGAAACACACCUAUUUGACUUCUCUUCCGAGCAGCUGCUCCAUGACCCCUUUCAGUGCCAACAUCGAAAACAUAGUACGUGUAUGUUCUUCGGUGUCGGGAACUCCUUUUGAAAGGGACUCCCUGUUGACAAUAAUUAUAAGCGACCACUAAACCUUCUCAUUUUGGUUGGUCGCUUAUGAGAGGUUCAACUGUCGUACAUCGUAGUCUGGGGGAAAUCUGUGGCCACUAUAGCCCCUAGUGACAGCCCUGUAAUGUCUGGCUUGUGAAUUUUUCCAUGCACCUUUUUAAAGCAAAAUAACCAGACCUGAUCAAGUAUUUGGUGUCUCACCCUUCCCCUCUCCACCCCAAUGUUUUUUAUUAUUGUUAUUUUUUAUUUUUUUAGUUUUCAGCUUUAUUGGUCUAAAUCUCUUCUUAAUUAAUGAUAUAAAUGAAAAAGAAGGUGAUGCAGCAUUACUGUAUUACAUUACAUCAUUACAGUAAGAAGCUAACUGCUUAAUUCCUUGAUUUCAAAGCUAUUUUUACAACAAUAUUAUAAUGCUGUACAAGUAAUACACAUUGUAGGCCAUGCAGUAGCUGCGUGAGAGUCUGCAAGUCUGCCAAGUCUCCUUGGCUUGGUGGUUUUGUUAUAAUUCCAUAUCACUGUCUAGAACUGCACACGUUCUGUUCUCUUUGGAUAUUUUUGUUUAUACAUUGUAAUUUUAGGUCAUCGCUUCGACCAUUGCCAGUGACACACACACAAACAAAAGCCAAGAAAUCAGCCAAAGCAGAAAAAGCUAGGAAGACAAGAAAUUCUAGAAGAAUACAGGAACAGAAGAGUCUUCAAGAGGACCCAGAUGUUGGGAGGAACAGCAACGAUGACCUGCUUCACUUGAUAGAUACCAUGACUUUUAAACCGGUUCCUACUGAAGGUGAUUGAUCUUCUUUGCCACCCUGAAGUUUUACCUAAAAUCAUAAACUUGGAAAAAUGAAAUUUUAUAAUGUACAGUGUACAGUUGCAUGGACUAACGAUACUUACGUGUAUAGUUGUACAGUGUAUUUAUCUUGCGCCUUGUCUAUAUAAAAUAACCGCCUUACUUGUUAAUGAAUAGGAUAACUGAUGCUAGCAAUACACUGUAGUUUGCUUCAGAUUGCUGACUGCGGUUUCACGGUUUACACUUUAUAUAAAACAGCAGUGCAUAUAUGUACAUCACCAACAGUAGCUUGUCAGGUUUUGGCCUCCAUUAUAUUGUUUUAUCCAGCGUCGAAAGUUGCAGUAACACUAUUUGUUUUUUCGUGCUUACAGGUUCAUCUAAAGAUUUCAUUUUGGACCCAAAGACAGAAGAAAAAUUAACGCCAAGUGAUAAUUCCUCUCCUUCAACAAUAACUUUGAGCACAUUGAAAGAAGACGCAGGUGAAAAAGACAAUUGUAAACUGAAUCCGUCCAUGCAGAAAGAAAAACCUGUUUGCUUAACAACAAUCGCUGAGGCGGACUCGUCCAUCAGUAUUAACCCUUGUAGUAGUACAGGAUUGUUUGGAGACAAAAACCUGGUAAACUGUGAGAACACAGCAAUUAGCAAAGAAGAUAUAGUGGCAGUUACCAACUCAAAAAUUGCCGACUCUACAUUGUUAUGUAUUCCUCAGAGCACUUCCUUAGACACCAUGCAAAGUGUCUCGAUUCUGCGGUCACUGGAAGUUCAACCUCGUGAUUCAGCUGGAGGCUUUUGCAAUGAAAGUGACGUCGAAGAUAAUCAACAGAAUGAUGUUAGUACUUACCAGGGCGAUGAAACAGACGAGCUGGUGGCAAAUGAAAAAUGUGAUGUGGAAAACAGGGAAGAAAUGUACGAUGAAACUCGAGGUAAUGCUUGUGGUGAAAAUCCAGUUCAUGAUGAUGGCAAGGCAAACUUUAAGAGGAGGAAUAAAGAAAACAAGCAGAUCUUAGGAAGCAUCGCUUAUACAGAAACCGACGAGACAGUUCGCGAUGUUUUACCUUAUAGCAUCCCCGCCAAAAUACCAGAAAUAGAAAAUCAUUGCAUUGAAGGAAACAACCUGACGUCGACCGUUAUUUGUGAUUCAGCCAUCCAAGAAAAACCAGCUGGAAACUAUGAAGAAAGGGAGACUCAUGAUAAAGGAUUACCGGAACCUUCUGAUACAAUACUGCCACAUGAAAAUGUUAAAACUAGUGCUGAGCAGAGCUUGGACUUUGAGGGUUUGGUAUCGCUGUUUGACGAGCCCUCGUAUAGUAGUACCUCUCAAGACGCAAUGCACAAAGAAGAGACCGAACAAAAUAGUACUCGUUUAGACAAGGCCGCAGAACAGUUGCAACAAGCCCAUACUCUGGAUAAGGAGACAAAUAUGGGACAGUCUUUAGAGGCAGUGCAACAAGUCGAAACUGUCAACAACAUUUCAAGUUGUAGUACUCCCAAGGGUGAGAAAACAUCACCCCGUAAAAAAGGGCGUGGUCUUGCAAACUUGCAAGACGCUGAGGACAGUGAUGAUUCUUCGGAUUUGUGUGAACGCGUCAAACAAAGGCAAAGAAGGGGAACGUCCAAGAUGCUGCUAACAGAGUCUCCCACGACAUCACUAACAACUGAGUCGAAGUCAAAAAAGCGAACUGUAGAUUCUAUGACUAGUUUUAAAACAAGAGGUGAGUCCAGCCUCGAAGGCAGUGCCAAGAAGAAGUUUAAAACAUCUGAAGUUCCUUCGCCAAGUCAGCUCUCCUCAGAGAAACCGAACACAGGAAGAAAACAGACACCAAGGAACAGUGAGGUUUCUAGCAAGCAGAAACAAACAGAGGACCUGGUUACUACUGACUGUGAUGAACGGAGUCAAAGUCAUCAGUCUGAGAUGGUCAAUUAUUCUUGUUCAACCGAUAAGAGCGCUGAUUCAAAUGAAAUGAUUCCAGCCAGUGUCUCUUCAUCAGAAAAUUCUAAGUCAGCAGUUAUUGAUCCAAUGGAUGUGUAUGCUGAUCAGACUCAUGAAGAGAAGAAGGAAGUUGCCUCAAAGAGAAAAGAGAGCUUGAAAUUGCAUAAAAUUAAAGAAAGAGGCAUCUUCGUCGAAGAUUAUUCAUCAGAUUUGAAGACAGCAGAAGGAAGGUCUCAAGACGAAAGGCAACACUCUUCUGCACCACAAGUCAAGAAUGCUGUGGACCAUGACGAAUCGACCCAAGGUUUUACGCCAUCUCCGAAACUGUCUUUUCUAAGUCAGAAACUUAAGGACAGUACAAGUGGACAGAGCUUAAUUAAUGAACUGAAAACAAGUCAUUUACCUGAAUCUCUUCCCUUUGACCCAACUCGGAAAGCGAGUUUCAAUGCAACUGGGCAAAGAUCCCAGCUGCACGAAGAGGAUUUUGUUGACCAGGAACGACUUAUUACAGGGCAAGACCAUACUGCAUAUGAUGAGGAUACUCAUGUUCAGAGAAAAACCUUGAGAACUCCACAGUGUUCAAGUGGAAUAAAUUCCUUAAAAGGCAAGGAAACAGGCGACACCAAAAAUAAUACUAUGGAAAGGGGCGAAUAUUCCAGUCAACUUGCGGAGAAUCGCUCAAAGACAUGCAAACCCUUAAGUCAGGAAGGCUGUACCUCAAGUGGGACUCCAACACAGUGUUCACUGGAGGCGGCUGAUUUCACGCCCUGUUUGUUUGGAAACGACAGCUGUGAAACUCCAGCCAAGAUAGUGAGCCAGAAGAGGACUAAACGUGUGGAAACUCCUCUUCAAAAAGGCAUCGAAGAACAUAACGGAGAGAUGAACGAGGCUGAAAUUGAAGAGAUAGGUGUUCUAGACGAUAGUGAAACCCCUGGUGUGACUGCGUUGCUUUCUGGCAGCCAAAAGGCUGCAUCGUUACAAACUGGCUCCGAUGGAACUCAAAGUUUUGGAACCAGUCAGAGCAUCUCUGUACUACAUGACUUGGACGUUCCAUCGCAAGGACAAAAAGAGGGUACAGAUCGCAGAGACGACCCUAGUGAACCUGCAUUUCAUGGAGAACAUUCCAACACAGAAACAGAGAUGGAUAAAUUGUGGGCAGAACCACAUCCAAAGAAACCGAGAAGCAAACAGCAGCCAGAGUCACAAGGGGUGGAAAUGAAUAUGUCAAAUUGCCACGGCAAGAAAAAAACUAACGGUUCAGAGCUCACGGAAAGUGAAAUUAUACCUCCCACACCACCCGUCAAAACUGUUACCAAACACGUGUUCGAUGUUCAUGCUCAGUCUCCUUUAAAACCUACCAGCCCCAAAAGGAACGUGCAAAUGAAUGAGAGUAGUACAGCAACCUGCCAUUCCAAGAGUUUAACUGUUAAGAGAAAGCGGAGUAUAAGAAGUCCCCGUUGUUCAAAUUCGCCAAAAUUGCAGGAGAAUAACGAUGAUGGCACUGCGAUGCACGUCAGCAGUUCUUUUAGUAGGGGGAGUGAAGUCAAUGUCUCAGUGCUGGAAAAUCAUGAUCGUAGUUCAAUGAAUGUUGAUAUCAAAGGCUUAAGUCAAGCCAUGGAGUUUGAAGUUGGUACUAGCACUUCUUCGGAACAACAGCGGGUAAAUUUAUCACAAGAGACAAAUACAGAAAUAUUAGUUCAAGGAUCAAAAAUAAACACCAACAAAACGCCAAAGAGGUUAAGACGAUUAGACAACAUACAACCGCAAGGAACCUAUUCUGAAAGCAUUUCUCCUCAAGUUUUGGAUGGGCCACGUCUUUCACAGUCUGAGGCCAACAGUAAAGUGUCGAAAUAUGACAACGUUGGACGAGAAGACUUGAGAGAUAGUCCGUCAGCUGAAGUGGAAAGCGUACAUUCAUCUCCAUGCAGUCCUGUGAAGCGAAGACUUGAUAACAUGGGCGAUUCAUUUGACUGGUCAGGAACUCGAACCGUGCAGAAACGCGAUGGGUAUUACCAAGAUACCUCGGUAGCCCUAAACAACUGUGACAAUAACGCUGAACAUUUUCGAGGCAAAGAAUUCGGAGAUUGUUACGUUGACCAGUUAAAUUCACCCAACGCUUCACAAGCUCGCGACGAAACUGAAGAUUCAUCGGAGGAUUUCUUAAGGAAAUCUGAGGCAAGAGGAGAAUUUACUAACCCUUUUGUUGGCAGUAUUCGCGUUAGGAAUUCCUGCAGUGUCGUUGACGAUGAAAUUUCAUUGACGGACGCUGAAGAGGAAGACUCCUCUGGAGAUGAAAGUUUAUUGAAGCCGGCUUUUCUUCCCAAAGAAUCUCGGAAGUCGCCUGAAAGUCAAAUAGAUAAUACUCAUGACAGUGACGAUGAGGAGGAAGAAGUGACGAUUUUUUCUCAAGAGCUCAUUCCUUCUGAAAACGAAGAUGACGACGAUGAUGGAGGUAGGUAGUUCGAGCUAUUCUUGGUACAGUUUAAAUUUGAACCUGUUUGCUUCCAGCUUGGUUUAGUCAUAUAUUGCAGUUGAAAAAGAUACGUUGCAUCAUAAUCUUUUUUCGACACCCUCGACUGACUCACUUUGUGGCACGUAUGCUACAAAUAGUUGGUGAAGUUAUGAAUUUCAAUCUUUUAGCGUUCGUUUAGUGAGGUUGAUUGACUAGCUAUUUGAACCUGAGUUGGGUAGUUAAUGAUAUCAUUUCCUGAAAAUAAUUAGAUAAAUUUGCCACCCAUAAAGCAUUGGAAUGUUAGUUUGGUGGCCAGUUCCAGGUAUGUUAUACUAAUCAAGCAGCGUCUAAUGUUGAAACGCUUCUCCUUUAUGGUUAUAUCCUUAGAUUUUGAUCUUCACCCAAUAAAGAAGUUUUCUUUUUUAACUUUUAGUUGGUUUCGUUACCCUCGUCAACAAAUUUGGAACAAACCAAUUUCUAAGAAUAGGUAACGGAAGCAGACGCACAAAAUGGGGCUGUAGAUUCAUUGAUCAGAAAUAGGGCAGUGUGUACUGAAUUCCAGAUGAAAUACUUUUUGACAGUAAGUAAGUAACGUGGCCGAUAGGGAGAAGUCAUCGAAUAUCUCGCUGACAGACACUUUGUCUUGUCAACUCAUUGAUGGUUGUGUAAAGUAAAUAGCAACACAAAUUUUGAACCGAUUUACGUUACCUACCUACUACAUCAAAGCUAUUGUGCAACGUAAAACCUUUAUUAUCUUCAUCCUUGUAGCUUCUUAUAAAGCAUUGGACAGUACUGGAGCAUCGACUUCCACAUUUCUGUCAGAAGCUGCUGCAUCAACUCAGGUUUCUCAAUCAAUCUUUAUUGAGAUUCAUAUCAUUUAAUAUAAUAUCAAUGAUUUCUACUCUAAUGAUGGUGAUUCUUUAAUAAAAGAAUAUGCCAAAUUUUCGUUGAGACUCGGUACACUGUUUUAAAAAGUCAAGGAGAUGAUAAAAACUAUAAAACAGGGGUUCACCAUUCUCGUGUCUAUAGGCUAUGUUCACACUGUACUGGAUGGCUUAUGCGCUAAACCAUACUGGAAAGGGCUUCUGUUCACACACAAGAUAGGUGAUAUCGGCGCUUAUUCUGCGCAACGCUGACUUCUUAAGUGGAAAGUCACAUGUCGGAUUAGAUGUUCAAACUAUACUGGCAAGAUUUUCGUGUCGGCAUGAAAAGCUAUCAGGUUUUGUGUGAAAAUAGCCUUUGUAUGGGUACCUUACAACGCUAACGAAUACCACGUGAAGUGGUAUUCGUUAGCGUUGUACGGUAGGCCACUUUAGCAAUAGCCUUGCCCGACCCAAAACUCUCUCAAAAGCAGCGAAUUCACUGCCGAAAAAAAAAAAAAUCAGUGAAUAUUGCUUGGGCUAUACUUCCCACAAGUCGACCUCACGAGUUUCUCUUUCACAGCUGUGAGUUUUUGCCAGGGCUUUUUAGGCCGCGAAGCUGCCGAGCGAGCGAGGAAUUCACGAGAGAUCCCGCGGGCCAUAUUAAAUAGGACGAAGGACUUCUUCGAAAGUCUCUGCUUAUGUAUGUCAUCAAUCUGAAAUACCCUCUCCUUUUUUGCUCUAUUUACUUAAGUAAGGGGAAAAACUAAGGGAAAACUGAUGAUGUAUCUCAUUUCCUAACGUGUUUAUACUCUCGCUGUACUGACACCAGUUCAGAGGGAUUUAUACUCACAGCCUGCUGUAUUUGUUCUGGUAAUUGCUUUCUACAGAGAAUGGACGUUCUUCGGCAAGACGUAGAGGCUAUGGAAAAAGAAAUGGAAGAAUUAAGGGCCCAUCUUGCAAAAACUGACGAGAAUAGAGAAGACGAAGAACAUACGCCUAAAGACGACGACUUCCAAAGAAACCGAGAAGCAAACAGCAGCCAGAGUCACAAGGGGUGGAAAUGAAUAUGUCAAAUUGCCACGGCAAGAAAAAAACUAACGGUUCAGAGCUCACGGAAAGUGAAAUUAUACCUCCCACACCACUCGUCAAAACUGUUACCAAGCACGUGUUCGAUGUUCAUGCUCAGUCUCCUUUAAAACUUACCAGCCCCAAAAGGAAUGUGCAAAUGAAUGAGAGUAGUACAGCAACCUGCCAUUCUAAGAGUUUAACUGUUAAGAGAAAGCGGAGUAUGAGAAGUCCUCGUUGUUCAAAUUCGCCGAAAUUGCAGGAGAAUAACGAUGAUGGCACUGCGAUGCACGUCAGUAGUUCUUUUAGUAGGGGGAGUGAAGUCAAUGUCUCAGUACUGGAAAAUCAUGAUCGUAGUUCAAUGAAUGUUGAUAUCAAAGGCUUAAGUCAAGCCAUGGAGUUUGAAAUUGGUACUAGCGCUUCUUCGGAACAACAGUGGGUAAAUUUAUCACAAGAGACAAAUACAGAAACAUUAGUUCAUGGAUCAAAAAUAAACGCCAACAAAACGCCAAAGAGGUUAAGACGAUUAGACAACAUACAAAGACAAGGAACCUAUUCUGAAAGCAUUUCUCCUCGAGUUUUGGAUGGGCCACGUCUUUCACAGUCUCAGGCCAACAGUAAAGUGUCGAAAUAUGACAACGUUGGACGAGAAGACUUGAGAGAUAGUCCUUCAGCUGAAGUGGAAAGCGUACAUUCAUCUCCAUGCAGUCCUGUUAAGCGACGACUUGAUAACAUGGGCGAUUCAUUUGAUUGGUCAGGGACUCGAACCGUGCAGAAACGCGGUGGGUAUUCCCAGGAUAGCCCGGUAGCCCUAAACAACUGGGACAAUAGCGCUGAACAUUUCCGAGGCAAAGAAGUCGAAGAUUGUUACGUUGACCAGUUAAAUUCAUCCAACGCUUCACAAGCUCGCGACGAAACUGAAGAUUCGUCGGAGCAUUUCUUAAGGAAAUCUGAGACAAAAGGAAAAUUGGCUAACCCUUUUGCUGGCAAUAUUCGCGUUAGGAAUUCCUGCAGUGUCGUUGACGAGGAAAUUUCAUUGACGGACGCUGAAGAGGAAGACUCCUCUGGAGAUGAAAGUUUAUUGAAGCCUGCUUUUCUUCCCAAAGAAUCUCGGAAAUCACCUGAAAGUCAAAUCGAUAAUACUCAUGACAGUGACGAUGAGGAGGAAGAAGUGACGGUUUUUUCGCAAGAGCUCAUUCCUUCUGAAAACGAAGAUGACGACGAUGAUGGAGGUAGGUAGUUCGAGCUAUUCUUGGUACAGUUUAAAUAUGAACCUGUUUGCUUCCAGCUUGGUUUAGUCAUAUAUUGCAGUUGAAAAAGAAAUCUUGCAUCAUAAUCUUUUUUCGACACCCUCGACUGACUCACUUUGCGGCAAGUAUGCUACAAAUAGUUGGAGAAGUUAAGAAUUUCAACCUUAUAACGUCCGUUUAGUGAGGUUGAUUGACUAGCUAUUUGAACCUGAGUUCUGUAGUUAAUGAUAUCAUUUCCUUAAAAUAAUUAGAUAAAUUGGCCACCCAUAAAGCAUUGGAAUGUUAGUACGGUGGCCAGUUCCAGAUAUGUUGUACUAAUCAAGCAGCGUCUAAUGUUGAAACUCUUCUCCUUUAUGGUUGUACCCUUAGAUUUUGAUCGUCACCCAAUAAAUAAGUUUUUUUUUUACUUUUAAUUGGUUUCGUUGCCCGGAGAACAAAAUAGUCUCUAAGUUUGUAUAGGUAACGGAAGCAGACCCAUAUAAUGGGUUUGAGGAUUCAUUGAUCAAAGAUAGGGUUCAACACCAGACAGCUGGAAAAAAGAUAACUGCAGUGUGUACUGAGUUCCAGGUGAAAUACGUUUUGACAGUAACGUGGCCAAUAGGGAGAAGUCAUCGAAUAUCUCGCUGACAGGCACUUUGUCUAGUCAACUCAUUGAUGGUUGUGUAAAGUAAAUAGCAACACAAAUUUUGAACCGAUUUACGUUACCUACCUACCACAUCAAAGCUAUUGUGCAACAUAAAACCUUUAUUAUCUUCAUCCUUGUAGCUUCUUAUAAAGCAUUGGACAGUACUGGAGCAUCGACGUCCACAUUUCUGUCAGAAGCUGCGGCAUCAACUCAGGUUUAUCAAUCAAUCUUUAUUGGGAUUCAUAUCAUUUAUAAUGGUAAUUGAACUGAGUGGAGUGCAAUUUGGUCUGAAAUCAUACGCGCGCGAGUUCGAUUUGAAAUCACAAGUAUGAUUUCAUACCAAAAUUGCACAACACGAAGUUCAAUUACCACUUUAUUACAUUCAUUUUGAAAUCGCAGAAUUUAGUCAGUAAUAAUAUUUUAUUGAUCGAGUAGCCGGUUUGUUAAAAAGCCGAAACAAAAAGGCUUUUACAUCUCAUUUUGUAUUUGAAACAGAAAUGAUGCGAUAUAGAACAAAAAUGGUGCGAUUUAAAACAGAAAUGAUGCGAUUUAGAACAUGAAUGACGCUAUUUGGAACAGAUGCGAUUUAAAGCAAAAAAUGGUGCGAUUUAGGAAUAAAUCACACUGCUGAGAGCCAAUCAGAUUGCACGGAUAGCUAGUGAUUUCAAAGUGGAUGUAAUAAAAUAUAAUAUCAAUGAUUUCUCCUCUGAUGAUGGUGAUUCUUUAAUAAAAGAAUGUGUCAAAUUUUCAUUGAGACUCGGUACACUGUUUUAAGUAAUGAUCCGGGUAAGGUGGAUAGCAAUUUCUUUUGUUAUGCGGCAACGGUGCUUUCCCCACAUAGGAAUGUUCUCAUUUUUACACAGAGAAUGCAUAAACCUACAUGACGGCCGUUUACGCAAUAAAAUGCAUUUACCCUCCACUUUGAAAGGGUGUUUUUUUGUGUUAAAAGAUUUUGAUCAAUCACAAGAGUUGAAAACAAUAGCCAAGAAAAGAUUACAAUUUUACAUGUUCCCCACAUAGGAUUUCUUUGUUAUUCAAACUGAGACCAGAUUUUGUUAUAUGGAAGAUGGCUGGAAAGUAAGGAUGAAUAUAUGUACUGCUUUAUGAAGUUUUGUUAACUUUUGCUGUUUAAGCCAAUCAGAAGUAAGUACAGACAAUAGAAAAGUCAGCACCUUUUUUGCAUUCCAACAUGUUCGUUGCCGUUGUUGCUAUCGUUCUUAUCUGGACCGUAUCUUAAAAACUCAAGGAGAUGAUAGAAACUAUAAAAACAGGGGUUCACCAUUCUCGUGUCUAUAGGCUAUGUUUACACUGUACUGGAUGGCUUAUGCUCUGACACGAAAACCAUACUGGAAAGGGCUUCUGUUCACACACAAGAUAGGUGAUAUCGGCGCUUAUUCUGCGCAACGCCGACUUCUUAACUGGAAAGUCACAUGUCGGAUUAGAUGUUCAAAUUAUACGGGCAAGAUUUUCGUGUCGGCAUGAAAAGGUAUCAGGUUUUGUGUGAAAAUAGCCUUUGUACAGGUACCGGACAACGGUAACGAAUACCACUUCAAGUGGUAUUCGUUAGCGUGCUACGGUAGGCCACUUUAGCAAUAGCCUUUCCCGACCCAAAACUCUCUCAAAAGCAGCGAAUUCAGUACCGAAAAAAAAAAAAUCAAUGAAUAUUGCUUGGGUUAGACUUGCCACAAGUCGACCUCACGAGUUUCUCUCUCACAGUUGUGAGUUUUUUCCAGGGCUUUUUAGGAAGCUAAACGGCCGAGCGAGCGAGGAAGUCUCGAGAGAUCCCGCGGGCCGUUAUUAAAUAGAACGAAGGACUUCUUCGAAAGUCUCUGCUUACCUAUGUCUUCAAUCUGAAAUACUCUCUCCUUUUCUACUCUAUUUACUUAAGUAAGGGGAAAAACUGAGGAAGAACUGAUGAUGUAUCUCAUUUCCUAACGUGUUUAUAAUCUCGCUGUACUGACACCAGUUCAGAGGGAUUUAUACUCACAGCCUGCUGUAUUUGUUCUGGUAAUUGCUUUCCACAGAGAAUGGACGUUCUUCGGCAAGACGUAGAGGCUAUGGAAAAAGAAAUGGAAGAAUUAAGGGCCUAUCUUGCAAAAACUGACGAGAAUAGAGAAGACGAAGAACAUACGCCUAAAGACGACGACAUAAACUAUCAAGAAGCCGGUAAGAACACUAUUAGGCCCUCUGCAGCUAGUCAUUAGGGAGCUUCAGCAACUACGACAGCGACGGCUACAAAACGUCAGUUAAAAAGUGACUUCGCUCUGUAUCAAACUUAAACGCGUUUGUUCCAUCUCGUUCAAUUCGUCAAAUGUCGCCAAAUUUUUCUGGAGUUGAAUUCUAAAGGAUUGUGUCAAAGAAUAGGAAACGAAAACGAAAGUUGUUGUCUUCUGUUCAUGACCUCCACAAAAAGUGAAAUUAGGCAUUUUCACGUCGUAGUCGUGCGUUGACGGCAAAGAAAUUUACAAAAAAGCGUGAUGCACGUGCAGAGUUGUUGUUUUGCCAUUCUAAACCUAUUGCUUUUAUGCCCUUCUCGUUGACGUCGCCGUCAACGUUGCUUAAGCUCCCUAUUUUCAUGGUACAAAACCGCCAUGCUGGCGAGCAAUGGACGCACUGAGAGAAGACAAACAAAGGAAAUUACCAUUUUAAAUGACGUAAGGGCAUGCUUACAUGGAGGUGGGGACCCCAAAUAGGUGAGGUAACAUGCGGUGGGUCACCCCACUUAUAAUGUACACGUGAUCAAAUUAAAGUAAGAUAUUACAUGGACAGGCAGGUUACUCCACCAAAGUGGGUUACCUUACCUACCUGGGGUCCCCCACCUCCAUGUAAACAGGCCUUAAAUCUUUUGUUUGUCUUGUCUUAGUGCGUCUCUUGCUCUCAAGCAAGGCGGUUUUGUACGACGUGAAUGACAUUGUAGCUUUACAGGGCCUAUUUGGGAUACUGUGGAAGUCAACUCUCGUCUCACUAAUCUUGUUCCUUAGAGUUUGUGCUCUUCUGUUCAUUUUCAUGUCGUCCUGUGCAGAAGUAUUUCAUGUGGUAACACUAUUUUGAACAAAGAUUCCGAAAUACUACUUUUUUUUCGCUUUUUCUUUUUUACGCUUUUGAAGGCAUUUUGUUCUUCGUGUUAUCUAGACAUAUUCAAUUGACCACUCCAGAAAAUACCACAACAUACCAUAAUGCUCUUUGUUUGUCACCCCAAAUUUUGCAUAAAGCAUUAUUUUCAGUUUCUCUUGGGGCUAUUUUAACUCCCAAGAGAAACUUAAGACAAUGCUUAUGCAAAAUUUUGGAGUGGCAAACAAAGAGUAUUAUGGUAUGUUAUGGUAUUUCUGGAGUGGUCAGUUCAGUAAGAUCUGGUUCCUUAACUCAAAAAGGAAUCCUUUAGCUGUAAAAAUGAACUUAGUACAAAAAAUAAGACGCAUACAGUAAAUGCUAAACAUAAUAGCACAUUGAUUUUGCAGAUUUAGUUGAUGAUGGAGAUAUCCAGCCAUCGCUAACUCCACCACCGCCACUCACGCCAAAGAGCAUCCCUCCAAUGCCUCAGCUCUCCACCCCGCUGAAAAACGUCUCACGUUAUCUAGAACAGGAGGGGCAGUCUUCCGACGAAGGUAGCGAGUGCGAAGAUGCAGCAAGCAGUGAGCCAGUAAAGAGAACAGAGUUGCCAAGGAGAUUUGGUUACCAAGGAAACAAAAGUACUACGGAGAGAUUUAGUCCAGGAGAGAAGUCUGGAAAGAAGCGUCCUUUGUCUCCGAGUGAUGACGAUGAUGAUGGUUUGAGUAUCACAGAAGUUGAGCAUCGUCAAGAAGAGACGCCUUCUCCUCCUCGCAGUAACCACUCAAUCGAAAGAUCUCAAGAAAAAGACGAAGACAAGUUGAUUGUUAUUGACGAUAGGGACGGCCCUCAAUCAAGAACUGGUUCACUCUUGUUAGUAAAGAGAAGAAAAUUGACACAUGAUCUUGUGCCUAAAAAGUCUCCAGUCGUUAGCUUGUUGUUCACACGUGCAGGCAAAGGUUUAGAGAAACCUGGCCAGUCUCCAGGGACGCGGUCUAAAGGAUCAUCACCUACCAUGAAAAAGUCUUCGUCUUCAAUCUAUUCGCGAAAACCUGGGACUAGUAUUUCACCGAUCAGGGGACAGAGUCCAACCAAAACAGGCUCACUUAAAGGAGUGUCACAUGACAAUUUGUCGAAAAAGGAUUCGUCACAUAAUGGUGUGUCACGCGACGAUGCGUCGAACACUAGUGUGUCACAGAGUAAUGUGGCACGGGAGAAGUUGUCACAUGAACGGAGUCAUUCGCCCGACUUGGUGCUCACUAACGUCAAAAAAGUGAUAAGCAAGAAAAGCUUGGACAAUAAAAGGGAGGACAGGACUACAGACAGGCAGCUAUCUUUUGUUGCGACACGUUUAAACAGGCAGCAUUUGGUAAGAGUUUGCUUAACGAGGUUCUGCGAUACACGUAUUUCUAGUUAUUAUACAGUGAAACCUCUGUUAAGCGGACACCUUCGGGACCUUCCCAAGCGCCCGCUUGAUAAAGGGUGUUCGCUUAAUAGAGGUUUGUAAAAAUCAGGGGCACCCAACGACUGUUUUCUGUAGAAUAUCUGUUCAGGGAAGGGAAAAUUGCCUGGAAUUUUCUAUAGCUUGAGGAAGGCUAAAAAUUUCUAGAUGACUUUUCCAGUCGUGUACAAUUUUCUAAGCUACUUAUCUUAUAAAUUCCCUACGAUUUUCUAAAGUUUAAUUUUUCGCAUUUCACUCCCCAGGUUAAGCUAUUUUUCGUAGAAAAAAGAAUCCUAAAAGUUUCGGAUUUGGAAAUGUCACGGAGAGAGGAAUGAGAACAAUUCUUACUUUUGCAAAACUUUAAAUUGCAUCUAAAACUUUCGGGAAAAUAGUACCGAAGCCCUAGCAAUUUCGAAAAGACUCAAGUUGCCCCAGGAUGACCGAUCAGAUACAAAUGUUAUAGCGCCGCUUAAAAUGCAUUCAAUUCAUUUAGGAAGAAACCGUCGUUGGGUGCCCCUGAAAAGUUGUGCAAUUUUUGUUAACAAUUGACAUUCAGCGGUUACUCUGUACUGUGAUUAAGUUUCAUGUUGUUGAGGAAAAUAAGGAAGCUGUGCUGUACUUUGCGCAAGACUUUUAGGCGAACUUUGAUCGCGGAUGAUAAUUAUACUGCCGGAUAUCAGUCUAAUCUACAGUUUAUUGACAGCUAAAUGUAUUGAUUUAUCUUUAUUAAUCGACUACAGUACGUAUUUCAAGGAAGUAAUCCAAUACUACUAUUGUCAAUUCAGUCCGGUGUCCGCUUAAUAGAGGUUUUUUACAACAGAAAUUAGCCAAGUACGAUUUAUUUUAAGUGUCCGCGUCCGCUUAAUAGAGGUGUCCUCUGAACAGGGGUUCGUUAUAAAGGGAAAUAUAAGACGUUAAUUUCGGGACCCGGCUUAGCGCCCGCUUAAUAGAGGGUGUCCGCUAUUUAUGCGCUGGUUGAACCCUUUUUCCUGUUUUCUCCUUCAAUGUAUUGCAGGCUUACGCAUGAUAGCACGCUGUCAAGGGCGGUUUUGUGCUUCAUUAUGAGGUUCUGGUGCUUUGAUGCAGUCUGCAAACGUAUUUUCGGUUACCAACUCUCUCCUUUUCAGGCGAAGGGUGGCGUCAACCAUAAAUACGUUUGCGAUCGUAGGCUCAGUUUGUUGCCGCACCACUUCAGAUUUCUUUUUUUAUAAUAUUAUCAUAUAUAAAUUUUUCCAUAUAGCGUUUGCCAAUUAGACCUAGCUUCCUUCCCUUUACAAAAAGAAACCAUCUUUAACAUUCCUAGGGAGCUUAGUUUUUGUUGUGGAAAUAUGGUCGUUCUGGAGAGGUUAAAGCGACAGUAAAUAAGAGUGGCCAUGAGCAAAGGUUUAACUGUAUUUUCGCUCUGUUCACUCUUGUGAUAUGUUGUUCGCCAGGCUGAAGCUCGCACCCUCGCUGAAAUGUAUGGUGGAAAACUAGCUAGCGAGUUCAACAGCAAGACAAGUCACGUGAUUAUGACCACUGGUAUGUCGCUACAUGCUGGCAAAAUCUGCUAGAUAGUUAACGUACCCUUGACACAUAUUUAACCUUUUCACUAUCACAGAGUCCAUCUCGGUUGCAUACAAUGUUGUCUAACUUAGCUUUUCAGCAUCAUAUAAUCUGAUCUUCGUAUUAAACCGCCUACUUGCGAUUGUUACACUUUAUGACUGGUCCCGACUGAAACAUUUCACAUUCGUUGGAUGUUACGUGAUAUCAAAGUACAUUAGCCAAUGAAAGCGCGCUUUUGAGGAAAAAUCGAGCUCUAUAGCAAUAGCAUUUAUCAGUUUUUAGCACUCAUAGAUUCUCGCGUUCAAUCGUUCGCAGAUCUUCCCCUUUCAAGUGUCUCGAAAAUGCAUGAAAACUACUUUUUAGUGUCGCAAUGAAAAUGAUAAUUUUAAACUGCCAAUGCUCCAUCAUUCUGAACUGUUCAGACAAUUUUUUUUUACCUCGUUUAAUGACAAGAACCGAGAAUGAUCUUUCUUUCUUCCAGAUGAGAAUAUGCAGGUGACACGUCAUAGUUAUACCAUGAAGUACCUACUGGGUCUGGCUCUUGGAAAAUGGAUUGUGAGUCAUCGAUGUAAGUCAAUCACUUGAUUAAAUUAAAAAUCUUGUUCACAUGAAAUCAAAAUUAAAAUCCUUCCUUCACAACGCUCGUAAACACAAAGUGCAUCGAUUAGAAUUUAGAGCGAACGGGAGUGCGAGAGCCAUUCUAGUUUCCAGAUUCCCACGGCUUUUUACUCCGAACGAGUUGAGGCGGGGUUCUGGUAACGAAAUCUUGUUUUCUGAGCAUUUUGCUAUUGGUUCUGGUUUUAUCUCUUUUUUUGGAAAAAAAAUUGCGCGAAAUUUUUACGAAUUUAGUUCAUACAAUCGUCUAAAGAUCGUUCUAAUAUGCUCAACUAUAUGUAUCACUUUGUUCCCAACUCCAAAGCAUGCUUAGGCUAAGCGGGAUCCCAUCUCAUUGGUUUUGUUUCUGCCUUUUUUACAUUUUUUUUUUUUCAUGUCGCGGUGUGUUAUUUACGCUAUGGUAAUUUUUUUUGUAUUCACAGGGAUUGCUGCUUGUAACCAAGCCAAAUCACUUGUUUCAGAGGUGAUAUCACCGUUUCAUUAUGGGUUCUUUAUUAGGUUUCUUAAUGCUGCCACAAGCAAUGUAGAAAGCUCAACCUAAAACCAAAAGGCAGAACACCUUAUUUUCGUUCGCUUUGAUCCGCUUUUCAUUCCUUAUACAGAGACAGUCCUUUGACAUAUAAACAGGGUAUGUAGUUAGCCAAAUACCCUGACAUAACAGCAACACCGACACACUCACCAUCGACCCUUGCACCUCUAGUUCACGUAAUCAGAUCUUUGUGAAGUACAAAACCAUGUAGUGUGUCGGUCUUGUAACAUCGAAUUUUUUGCCUUGGUUUUAUUCACCGCAUCAGCUGAGAAGGACCGAGAUUUCAGUUCAUGGCAAACGAUACGUAGAUACUUUUCUUUAACAACGAUCUCCGAUUCGCACGUUUUAGGUGGAUUAUGAAGUAAAAGGUGAUGCAGGUCUUGGACAAGCUUCUAUUCCACGAGUAGCAAGAACAGCCAGAAGCAACAAAGUACGACUUAAUCUGUAUAAACGAAUUUGGCUCGAUUUCAGUGAAUAUUUUUACUGAUUAAAGAUUGCCUGGGAAUUCCGUAAUUUGUUUUGUUUUUAUUUAGGAAGCACUUUUAUUUCAAGACUAUGAAGUCCUGUGUUUAGGUGAAUUCAGCGCUGCUGUCACUAAAGGUAAUGUAUGAUGCGUGUUAUUAUCAUUUAGCAGUCACUUAGUAGACGUAAUGAAAAUUCGGCACUUUAUAAAAGUGGAAGAAACUGGACUGUUAUUUUCACGGACAGCAAGCCUUAGCUCUACGUUAUCUCUUUCUUCAACCACUUCUUCUAAGAGGUGCAUGCGAUUUAGGGUUUUAAAUGGAGGACAAGCAUCGCCUCAGAUAUAAAGUUUGUAUUUGGGUAAGAAAGGAUAUCUGGGGCAAAGGAGGGGGGGGAGUGUAUAUCUGGGGAAUGCAAGGAGUCCCCCUUCCUCUUUCCCCCUUCCCACUUCCCUAAGUACUGUGGUCCGUCUGUGGCUGUUACACUGAAUUUAGUAGCCAGUGUUGUCUCCCUACUAUGUAGAAAGAACGGGCUGAAAAUGAUUUGUUUUGUAUUAUUUCUUACCUUUAAAAAUUACAGAACAACUCAGCCAGUUAUUGAGAUUUUGUGGAGCAAGUGUCUUCAUUGACGCGGAAAGCAUGAAAAGGACCGAAAAGGUACGUUACAUGGGACAUUUAUGAAUAAUCUUCAUUUUUUGAAAGUCAAAACUAGGAAUUUCAUGCUUUCCGGCUCAGUUCACUGAUCAUCUCUUUUAAGAUCUUUUAGAACUUUUAUGUAGCCAUAGGUAAUCGAAUUUCCCUUUCGUGAAAGUAACAGGAGUUGUUUUAAGUUUUUAUUUUGAAAAAACAGAUUACCAUAAAAACGUCUGAUGAAAAAAAGUGGCCUUUUGAACAAACUGAGAUUUUUUUUUUUUAGAAAAUUUUAAGGUAUUUACUUCUUUGGCACGACUAUUCCGCUGGUCAUGAAAUUUACAGGCUCGUAUUUGACGUCAUGAGUCAUAAAUUCGGCAAUUGAAAAACGGGAUUUUAUACAUACUUAUCCUUUCCUUUACAGUGCGACUACUGUAACCGGGGCCACUUAGACAAAGUUGACCAAUCGGAUUACAGGAAAAUAAAAAUACAUUCCAAGAAAGUCAGUUGUCGACCAAUCAGCAGCUCGUAAAAAAAAUAAUAAGUUACUCGCAGCACAAAACUUAAUAUUGAUAGCGUUUUUGAGGAAAGCAAAAUGUUUCACACAGUGUUUUUCUAUUCGCAACUUUGCAUAUAACACCCAGUCACGUGUUCCUUAAUGUACGUCAUAGUUCUUUAAUGUACGUCAUAGCUCCUUUGAUUCCGUGCCACUUCCUUUCUUCGUAAAGGUUCUCAUAGUAUUGUGCAGUUAAUAAAAAACCAAAAUUUUUAGGUUAUGGGCACCUGUUUUAGUUAAAACUAAACAGAAUACCUGUUGUUUUUACUCUCUAGGGUCGUCAAAGAGUCGUCACAAUUGACAAGGAAACUCGUGACAACGCUAAAGAACUUAAAGGUAUACAAAACUGCAUUUUAAGCCCCGUGCAAACGGACGCAACAUUGUUGGAUUUUACAUGUUGCGUCCGUUUGCAGUCUGUUGAAUGUUUGUUACAUGUUGUUGAGUGUUUUUGGGAGUCGUUACGCAAAGUAUGAAACCGGUCAAUCUUUUAGCUACGUAAAAACGGACGCUACAACUCCCAGGAUUGUUGGCCACACGUAGCUUAAUACUAUGUUAUUUGAUCUGGCUCCCUUGAUAUGUUUGUUUUAAGGGAAUGUCAUUUUUCUUUGGUCAAAUUUAAUCGAUUUUUUAAUUGAUAUAUCGCUUUUCAUUUUGUAUAGCUAUCUGCCGUCAACUUAACAAGAAACCUGUAUCUUUGGAGUGGGUCACCGAUAGUAUUGCAAAUUACAAGUAAGUAGCCUGGACAACUUCAAGUUACCCUUUUGUGGCCAAGACGAGGGCACUGUCGCCUAUAUAAAAUAGAACACAACGUAGUUUUUCUCGGUAAUUUCUACGUCAUGGUUUUUGCUUUGGGACCGUAUACCUGUGAGCAUUACGUUUUUCCAAGUUACAAAUGAAAGAUUUGUUGUUGUUUUUUUCGUACUUAGUGUGGAUUUGAUUAUCUUCCCUUCCAAGACUGAAAAUGUUAUUGUUACGAUAACUAUUACGAUCGUUAUACUACUACAUGACAAAUUUCUGCAAUUUCAUUGGCUAAGAGCAGUGGUAUUUCAGCUUAAUUUGAAAUACCUACAUGUGAAAACAUCACUACAAAUCAUGCUAUUACCUAUGCAUAUACUGUCAUUGCACAUGGCUUCUUUAUUCGUCUCUGUAAUUUUCUAAUCAAAAUCAUUGUCCUUUUUUGUCGCCAGGAUUCAAGAUUUAAAGGACUAUAUCGUCGAACUGUGAAGUAAACUAUAUUAUUACUUACCGAAAAGGAUAAAGAUUGAUAUACAUGUAUUAACGAACUCACUUAAUACUACGGGGUAAUCGUAACAUUUCAUCUGUGACUCAAGUAAAAUGUCAGGACUCAAUAAUUGACUUUUAAACCUGAAAGAAAAUAGG